UGGUGUAUUUAAACCCGUGUGUUGCACGUGUGUGCUCUUCUCGAAUGUUUUUUUGCUGUCCACCGGUCUGCUACCCCUUCGUACACCAUGGUCAUCACCUGCCUCGUCAAUCGCGGCCCGUCCAGCUUUGUUCUGAAGCUGACGGGCGACACGUUGGUCCAUUUGAGGGAGGCAAUGGCGGCCCAUUCGUCGCUUCGAACAGUGGAGGAAUGUGCAGUUGUGCAGGUACACAACAAGACAUUUGACACGUAUGUCAAUGUAGACGAAAAUACACUCUUAGAAGAGAAUUCCAUUAUAAGAGUGAUGGAUGUGACGAUAAUUGCUGAGGCUGGCACAUCUGCAAGUGUGACAGACCCGGAUGUGUCAUUCACAGGGGUAGAAAUUGUAGAUUUCUCCCCCUUUUCUGGAAAUUUGAAAUUUAAGUUUCCAGAAACACCAGUUGACAUCAGGGCACAAUUGGCCGACACAAGAGUUGGGGAGGUUCCCAACAACCUCAGAAGAAGAGUCGUAGAUUGGCUCUGGUACGCGCUCUCGAGCCACACACUCUACCCAGGCCAUCUAUAUGCAGUCGCUGCAAGGGAGCUUGUGCUCAAGUACCCACAGCUGAAAGAUGCAUGUGGGGAAGGCCAUUUCACAUGGCAGACAGCCCUAAAGUUCAAGGCAAAAAACAUGCGGAAAAAACUACCGCCUGGUAUUGCGCAGCUAGACCUGAAUCGGCAGAAAGCCCAGAAGAGGAAAGCUGCCCAAUCUGAGAGAGGUGGCAGCGCCGUCAAGGCUGUCAAGCCAUGCGUCAGAAAGGCAGCCUUUUGGAAUGCCGCCUUCGAUGAGGGGGAGGACGAGAGAAGUCUGAACUGCCACAUAGACAUCAUGAAGCGGGAGCUGCGCAAGGCAGGCGGCAGCUUCGAGAAAAUUCAGGAGUCUAUGAUCAAGACAUUUCGGAGCCGGAGGAGCCUGAUUGAAACUGCCACGCUAUCUCUUGCACAGCUCCUUGAUACGUACCCAGCAUUGAGAGUUGAGCGAGAGGCAAGUGCUCAGAUAGCAUGGUCCUUUUUAUUAGUGUUAAGCAUCAAUACGUUUCUUUGGAUUGUGUUUUGCAUUUCUGGCCAUAAUUGAACAUUUCUGCAUCUCGUAUAGAGCUACAAAAUGGUAGCUGCUCACUUGCAAUAUAAUUCUAGUGCCAGCAUUAGAAUGGAAUAAUAAUUUACUUGUCUGGGAAAGUAAUUCGAGUGUUCUAAAUAUCCACAAUGUAAUGACAUGAUAGCAUAUUGAGUCAUUUUAGGCUAGAAGUAUUGGACAUUUUGCUCAGCCAUCUCAAAUUUUUCCAAAUUCUAGUAUAUUGCAUCUUAGACAGUAGCACAAGAAGCUUGUGAAAUUAUUGCAGGGCAUCUUCCACAGUUAAGCUAAGCUGUGGUUCUUGGUAAAGUUCGUGAGCACAAUUUUUUCUGCUGCCGUUCUAGAGAGGAUGGGUGAAUGCAAUGUCGGAGGCAUUUAGUAUAAAAUGGCCCUAUUAUAAGUGCAUGUAGCUAGACUGAAGCUUUAUAUUUCAACUGCAGUGGAAAGUUAGAACUGUCAGUAGAUCAACUACUGAAGUUUCAUGGUGUUUGUGAUCUCUAGUUUUCUUAGUCACUGCGCUAAGUGUAGGCUGCAGUUGUCUUCUUUACAUGCUGUUCUUGUGAUCUUAUCAGCGUUGUUAGUCAUGUUUAAUACCGUUUCUUUGAGAGCUUCAUGCUAUUGAUUAAAAUACAGUUGAAUACUGGUCAUGUGAGUAUUGUAGGUGCACAUCUAGACAACAUUCGGAAUUCCUGUAACAUUGCAUUGCUAGUGAGGUUUGCCGACAGGGACUUAAAAGCACCAAAAUUGCAGUUGGCUGUUAGUGAUAUUAGACAGUUUUAAAAUAGGGGCCCCAAACGCCUUGGGGCCCCAAGAAGAUAGCAGGCCGCAAC